AUGGGGUCUUGGACGAAAGUCUUUGAGUCUCUAGGGCGAGGUGAUCGUCUCCCUGCCCAGCAGCUGAAGCAGAUGAUGGACGCGAGCGGCAUGAGUGAUGAGCUGACAUCCGCGUACAUCGAUCCAGAGUUGAGAUCGGAAUUGGGAAACCAAAGUGUGAAGAAGGGGAUCGCGAAUAUCACAGGAAACCCGGAGUUGCUGAUGAAGGCCGUGCAACAGGAUCCCAUGGUGCAGCAGCUUGCAGCUGUUAGCCCCGACAUGGCCCAGGUGAUCAAUAGUCCUGAUGCGCUCAAGAAGAUUUUCAGCCCGAAGAUCUUGGAUAGCGUGCGCAGUGGCCAGAUGCCUGACGAGGCUUCCAUGCAAGCCAUCCUUGAGCUGGCAUCCGGCAAGCAGGUCCAAAAGGUGGCUGCGCCCACAGCUCGUCCCGCCAGCUUGGUGUUGGAUGGGGGUCUGAGGCUGAAGCAGGUGCGUGCCGGGGACGGGAAAACGUUCCCAACUCAAGGAGAUACUGUUUCGGUCUACUACGCGGGCUACCUGACAGAUGGCAAGCUCUUCGAUCACGGCAGCUACAGCUUCGUGCUGGGUAGUUCCCAGGUGAUCCCUGGCUGGGAGGUGGCCCUAAAGCACAUGAGCCUGGGCCAGCGGGCUGUGGUGCAGGUGCCGGCAGAACUCGGCUACGGCGGCUCCGGUGAAGGCCCGGUUCCGCCGAACUCGGAUCUGCUAUUCGACGUGGACCUGCAAGCCAUCAACAAGCUCCAGGCCCCUGUCCUGGCCGUGAAGUGA